UGGCACUGCUGCUCUUUGUGGCCGGUGUGUUUAAUAUUCACCAGUUGACUGAAAACGCAUCAGGUCACAGAAAGGAGGACAUAGGCUGGUACCACUAGGUUUACUGGACUGUUGGAUGCCAUUUCAACCAAAGAGGAGCUACAACUCAAACAGAAACUGUAAGUGAACUUUGUGAAUUGACUGGGUUCUGCUUGGUUGUUCUGCCUGCUGUGUUUCCUGCUUCACUCAGGGACAAAAUGUCCUCUCAGUCAGAAAAGGAUCUGUCCUGUCCCAUCUGCCAUGAAAUCUUUAAAGAUCCUGUUCUCCUGUCAUGUAGCCACAGUUUCUGUAAAGACUGUGUGCAGAGAUGGUGGAGAGAGCAAAAAAAAAAGGAGUGUCCAGUUUGUAAGACAGUACCUUUGCUGACUUAUCCUCCUCGUAAUCUGGUGUUAAAGAACCUGUGUGAGUCCUUUGUACAGAGGAGAGAUCAGAGAGCUUCAGCAGGGUCUGAGCCUCUCUGCAGUCUGCACUCUGAGAAACACAGACUCUUCUGUCUGGACCAUCAGGAGCCAGUGUGUGUUGUCUGCAGAGAUUCAAAAACACACAGCAACCACAGAUUCAGACCCAUCGAUGAAGCAGCACAGGAUCACAGGGAAGAGCUUCAGAAAUCUCUGGAGCCUUUAAAAGAGAAGCUGAAGCUCUUUGAACAAGUUAAAGCAAACUGUGAUCAAACAGCAGAACACAUUAAGGUCCAGGUCCAACACACAGAGAAGGAGAUUAAGGAGCAGUUUAAGAAGCUUCAUCAGUUUCUUCAAGAGGAAGAGGAGGCCAGGAUCACUGCUCUGAGGGAGGAAGAGGAGCAGAAGAGUCAGAUGAUGAAGGAGAAGAUUGAGGCUCUGAGCAGAGAGAGAGCAGCUCUGUCAAACACAAUCAGAGCCACAGAAAAGGAUCUGAGAGCUGAAGACGUCUCAUUCCUGCAGAACUACAAGGCUGCAGUCAAAAGAGUCCAGCAGUGUCCCCUGCCGGAUGAUCCAGAGCUGGUCUCAGGAGCUCUGAUAGAUGUGGCCAAACACCUGGGCAACCUGACCUUCAACAUCUGGAACAAGAUGAAGGAGAUGGUCUCCUACACUCCUGUGAUUCUGGAUCCAAACACUGCUCCUCCAGACCUCAUCCUGUCUGAAGAUCUGACCAGUGUGAGACAUGGAGAGAGACAGAAGCUUCCUGACAAUCCAGAGAGGUUUGACUAUCAUCCCGUAGUCCUGGGCUCAGAGGGCUUUAACUCAGGGUCUCACAACUGGGAUGUUGAGAUUAAACAUGAUAAAUACUGGGCCCUAGGUGUGGUACGGGAGUCCUUCUGGAGAAAGGAAAAAAUACUGACUGGAUUCUGGGAAAUGUAUGCCCUUGAUGGAAAAUACAGAGCAGCCUCACCGCCACUCACAGAUCAAGUUCUGUCAGUGAAGAAGAAGCUCCAGAGGAUCAGAGUUCAUCUGGACUGUGACAGAGGAAAGCUGUCAUUCUAUGAUCUUGAUACUAACACACACAUACACACCUUCAAACAUACUUUCACUGAAAGGGUGUUUCCAUACAUUGUCAACAUGAAUGAACUCCCACUGAAGAUGUUACCUGUGAAAGUCUCUGUAACAGUGGAACAGGACACGGCCACUGCAUCAACAAGCCUAUGGUCAGUUUUUUAAAUUAGCUAAGUAUGCUAUGUUCUAUUAUUUUCAGGUUAAGUAGAGGCUUCUCAGAAAUGCAUUUCUGAGGUUUAUCUCUGUCAAAAAAUGUACUGAAAGAGUCAAAUGAAAAAAAAGAAAAGCUUUCAUUGAUUUUGUCACUUUUAUUUUUUUCUUUUUAUUAUUUCUAAGAUGAUGGUGAUGAUGAUUCAUGUGGUAAACGUGAUUCUGAUGAUUAUGAUAAUGUUCUUUCUUAUAAUGACGAAGAAGGUGAGGUUACAAUAUAAUGUUAUGUAUUUGGUAGAACUCAUCCGAUACUGAAUAUUUACUGCUUAUACUGACAUUUUAAUUUUAAGAACACAAUAUAUAUUAUAUAACUCUACAUUUGCAGAUACAAAUUUUUGUAUAUAAAGGUAAAACAUUAAUGAAUAUUGUGAUAAAUAUUUCUUAAAUUUGACCAUUUUAAAAAAAUA